GCCCGGGUCGUCCUCCUGCUGCGCCGGGACCAAUGAGAGGCGGCCAAGGGCGGGGCCAAGCCGAGCUGCCUCCCCGGCUGGAGAAACUUGAAGGAGGCGGAUUUGCAACGCCGGAGAGUUGAGCAAGACUCGGACUGGCAGCAGGGACACAUGGUCCGCAGCGGGGGGAUGCACCGCGCCCGGGCGCCUCUUGCCUUCUCCUGCAUCCCACGUCGGACUGCAAAGGACAGCCCGCGCGCCUUGGAGGGGGCUGCCUGCCAGAGACCCCGCUAGACCCCGCGAUCAGCGCUCCGGGGAGGGUGGCAAAGCCGACGAUCGCCCCGGGCAGUCGCGUCGCCGUCGCUUCUUGGGCGAGGAGCAGCCGCUGGAAGAUCCCAACAGAAGGAAAGAUUGUUAUUUUUUAAAUUGCAGUCGAACUUUUAAAGUCUCGCAGCGCGCAAACCCCGAGGUGGAAAUAUAUAUAUAUAUUAAUUUUUUUUAAAAGCAAAUGAUUAUUGGUUGCAUCGCCGCGACCUCAAAAAAAAAAAAAGCAGGUUUUGCUAGACGGGGGAGGCUGCAAGUCGCGAUUGGGAGCCUUCAAGGCGGGACAGAUUUCCACGCUUUCGCUUGGAGACGCGCAAGAGCGAGUUGAAAGGGAGAAGUCGCCAAGAGGAAGUCCGGGAAGCCACCGUGCGCCGCCUUGCGAGUGGCAGAUUUGGAGGGGGCGAGGAGGGGGUGGAAGAGGUUUCGUUUUGAUUGAGUUUCUUCCCCCACUGAAGAGUUUUUAGAAAUAAAAAGCCUGCCGCCCCCCCAUCCCUGACUUGAUCUGCCUUUGAAAUGCGAUUCUUCCAUUCAGGCGCAUCUCCCAGCCUGUGGAACCUGCGUCUUUGGGCCGUCUGUUGGCACCCCUGACUUUCUGGCUUAGAAAAAGAAAAUCCCCGCUGGCUUCUCCCUUCCUGUGGUUCGCCCCUCACCAUGUCUUUCAACCACACCAUGAUUCCUUCUGCCAACGGCUCCUCCAACGAGACUGGGGGGGCUGUGGAAAGCGGCAGGGCCCCCACCAUCCCCACCAUCAUGUUCAUCUUCGGGGUGGUGGGCAACCUGAUCGCCAUUAUCGUGCUUUGCAAAUCCCGGAAGGAGCAGAAGGAGACCACUUUCUACACUCUGGUGUGUGGCUUGGCGGUCACUGAUCUCCUGGGCACCUGCUUGGUCAGUCCGGUCACCAUCGUCACGUACCUGCAGAAUAAAUGGCCGGGUGGUGCCCAGUUGUGUGAAUACAGCUCCUUCAUCCUCCUCUUCUUUGGGCUGUCUGGACUCAGCAUCAUCUGCGCCAUGUCCAUCGAGAGGUAUCUGGCCAUCAACCACGCUUACUUCUAUAACCAUUAUGUGGAUAAGAAACUGGCCGGGCUGACUCUCUUUGCCAUCUACGUUUCCAAUGUCCUCUUCUGUGCCCUGCCCAGCAUGGGUCUGGGCAAAACCACCAUGCACUACCCUGAGACGUGGUGCUUCAUAGACUGGCGGACCAACGUGUCCACCUAUGCUGCUUACUCCUACAUGUACGCUGGCUUCAGCUCCUUCUUGAUCAUGGUCACCGUGGUCUCCAACGUCUUGGUCUGCAUGGCGCUGAUCCGCAUGCAUCGCCAGUUCAUGCGGCGCACCUCUCUGGGGACGGACGCUGCCUCCAGCCGCUUGUCAGACUUUCGCCGGCGCAGGAGUUUCCGACGCAUGGCUGGGGCAGAGAUCCAGAUGGUUAUUUUGCUCAUUGCCACCUCUUUGGUUGUGCUGAUCUGCUCCAUUCCUCUAGUGGUGCGUGUCUUCGUGAACCAGCUCUACCAGCCGCCUGUAGUGAUGGCUAUCCAGCAAAACCCAGACCUGCAGGCCAUCCGCAUUGCUUCAGUCAACCCCAUCCUUGACCCCUGGGUGUACAUUCUGCUUCGUAAGACAGUGCUGAGCAAAGCUAUUGAGAAGGUCAAGUGUCUCUUCUGCCGCAUCGGAGGGGCCCACCGGCAGCACUCGGGAAGCAACUGCAACUGUACUGAGGGCCGCAGGGUUUCUGCAGCCACGGCCAAUCAUUCGCCAUCCUUCAUCUCUCGAGAACUGAGGGAGGUCAGCAGCACCUCGCAGACUCUUCUAUAUCCCCUCGAGCCAAGUGAAGGCAAUGCUGGGGGGCGUAUGCUCUUGCCGGGAGCCAGCAGCAGCCUGGCCCAAACAGACACUACAUCCAUAAGGACAUUGAGGAGCUCGGAGACAUCAGACUCUUCACAGGGGCAGGAAUCUGAGAACAUGUUUUUGGUGAACAAACGCCGGCCUGAGAAUGAGGUUGGCACCUCUGCCUCCAAAGGCAGCUCUCUGCAAGUAACCUUCCCCUGUGAGACACUGAACUUGUCUGAGAAGUGCAUAUGAGCAGAGGAAUGGUAUGAGGGACACAUCAGCUGUCAAGCCAUCUGUGACCCGCUGUCCUUAGGCACAGCCAGUGCCUGUGAGCCUUUUCACUUUCUCAGUCUGGUGGGGAUUGAGUAGCCAUUCAGAGCAAGGGGAACUCGGAAGGGGCACUCAAAAGAGACAAAAUGGCUGCCACCGGAGGUAGACUCAAGCACCCUAACUGCUUGGCCUGCUAUAUCUUGACACUCUAGUAGUGCCGUUUACUCCCUAAAGAGAGAAAAGUAAAGAUGCAGCUGUGCAUAAAGAAGCGUUUUUCCAACUGUGCAGUUGGCACAGCUCUUGCCGGUAACGAAAGAUUGCCCAAUGGUUUUCAAGCCUUGCCAAUAUAAAGCCAAUGAAUGUAGUGGAGUCGGAAGCACAAACUUCUGCUCAUUGCCUCGUCUUGCCCUGGGACAAAGGUGUUGUUCCAAAAACCCGGGGUUGGAAAGUUGCCGUUUUCCUUUCCAUCCAAAUAUAGUUGAAGCAUACUUAUCCCCUAUUCCUCUCCCUCUCCUCGUCACAUGCUAAGGUUCAGAGUACUAAAACCUAACACAGUUUGCUGGCGGUUAUGUAGAACCACUACAGCUGCCCUAGCUAAUACAAAAUUGGGGAGGAAAUACCAGCCCUCCUCUCUGGUGUGAAAAAAUGUGAAUGUCUCUGGCUGUAUAUUAUAUUGUGACUGAAUGUAUUUUUUUAAAAAAAUCUAUUCUUCUCUGUGAGAAGGUUAUUAAUACGAGAUAUAGAGAAAAAUAAUAUUGUCAACUCCUCUUCACACCUGCUGUUAGAUUAUUUUUCCCCCCAUUCAAGUCUUGUUUUCUAGACCCACAAAUUCAAAAGAGCAAAGCAGAGCUAAUUCUUAAAAUAGGAAUUUGGAAUUCAAUGGGAAUAUUUUAUGAUAUUGCUGAGUGAAAUAAAGGAAUUUUUUUUGUGAAAAUGUUCAUAUUGUGGAUGCAUACCUGUUUAUGUUCUGUGAAUGUGUUCAGAAUAGAGCCACAACCCAUGGGACCAGUUCGGUUCUCUAUGAGCCCUCCGGGGAUAGGGCGGUAUAGCAAGUUUAAUAAAUAAUAAUAAUAAUAAUAAUAAUAAUAUGAACAAGGUGUUUGCCUGUAGCCGGUAUUCUUUGAGUGGUGAUCCAUGUAGUUGCAUAAUUGGAAAGAUUCCAGCCGAGGCUUUAUGCAUGGUAAGGGCAGCAAACUCUAAUCUGGAGAACCAGGUUUGAUUCCCUACUUCUCCAGAUGAGUGGCAGACUCUAAUCUGGUGAACUGGAUGUUUCCCCGCUCCUACACAUGCAGCCUGCUGGGUGACCUUGGGCUAGUCACAAGUUCUCUCAGAACACUCUCGGCCCCACUUAUCUCACAAGGUACCUGUUGUGGGGAGGGGAAGGGAAGGCAAUUGUACAUCCCUUUGAGACCUCUUAAAGAUAUAGAAAAACAGGAUAUAAAAAAAUUGAUAUCAUUGGUGGGACUACUGUGCAAAUUGCACGGAAAACCAGCAGCCGAAAUCCUGGAACAGCACUUGUUUAGUGCUCACUUAUGUGAAGUUUCAAGGUGGAACAUAGGGGUUGGCCUCUCUUCAGGAUAAAUAUGUCCAAAGUUACAAGGAUGUGAUCUCCUGUUUGUUAUUCUGAUAUGUUUUCUUUGUCGAUCUUCGAAAGCUCUGCCGCUGUGGUGAUAUUUCUUUCAUGUUAGAGGCUUAUCUUCCCAGUUCGGUUUUAUGCUGUGCCCUUGCUCUGCUAGACAAAUGUACUUGCACUAAUGCAUCUGGAUAAGAGGAGUGUGCUGUUCUUUGAAAACAUGAUUGAGUUUGGGCUGCAGCAAAACAAAACAGCUGCAGCCUCACACAGGUCAAGGGAGGCGUGGCUCAACGCAAGAGUACGUUGCUUUGCAUGCGGAAAGAGCCAGGUUCAAUGUUGGCAUCUUCAGUUACAGUAUAUCAGGUAGUAGGGCCAAAAGAGCUACUGUCAAUUCAGACAAACAGUACAGAGCUGCUACAGGCCCAAUGGGGUGUGCGGGUGUGUGUGUAUAUAUGGCACCUUCAUAUGUUUAGAGACAACUGAAGUUGUAUCUUCAUUACCAGUAAUAAUUGAUAACAUAAUAUGCAGUUGAAUCCAGCCAACUUUUCUGUUGGUAAAAAAGGGAAUGGACCUUUUUGCCCACCCAAUAUGCUUAUGUUGGAAUUAUGGGACCUGCGUGAACAAAAGUAAUUUGGGGAAAGCACUGUGGAAAGCAGAAAUCAAGGGAGAUUGAAUGAAAAGUUGUCUGGAUCCAACAACCAUCAGCCUUAACUUUUCACCUCAGAAAUAACAGUAACUGAAAGCCGGAGGGCCUUUGUACUUGUGUUCCAUGUUCAAAGGCUUAGAGCUUCGUCCAAGUAUUGUUAUCUUAUAAAGAUAUUUGGAAAACCUGGCUUUGGUCAAGGAAAAUAUUAAGCAUGAAAUGCUGCUUCCUGUGUCUUCAUGUGAAUUGCUUUCUGCUGGAAUUAGAAUUCUGAGCCUCAAAGUUGAUAAUGUUAAAAAAAAAAACCUGUUUGUACUGGCACAAAUCACUUUUUUUUGGAAAUCAGAAUUAAAUGCAGACAUGCCGCUAGAGUUCAAACGUUAA